AUUAGAAUAGUUCUAAGUGUAUUCAAGAUAAUAGCUUCUUUUAAUUAAUUAUAAUAUCAAUAAAUUGUAUAAAAUUGUAACACAUAAUAAUAGUUUAUUUUAAUUGGGUUAAAAUGCCUGCUUCAUUACUUUUUGGACUUAACAGUGAAGGCCGAGUACAUUCUUUAUCCACGUUAGGCUCAGCAUGGCGAGAAAUGCAAUAUGUUGGUUUAGAUUUCAAACGAGUAUCAGCCGUUUCACAUUUUUUAUGGGCGGUAGGAGGAGACCGUCAAGUUUAUGUUCAUGUUCAUUCAUUAGAUGUACCCAUACGUGUGAAGGAGGAAGCUUAUGAAAAUGAGCGGUGGUUACCUCUAGAAGGCUUCAGUUCACGUUUAUUCCCUACUGAUCGAUAUCAUUUUUCAUCGGCCGAUGGUACAGUUGAUCGAUCUAUUGAUAAAAUUCGUGUACCAUCAAUGGCUUGGCAGUGGGAAUCUGAUUGGCACUUGGAUACAAAUUUAAAUGGCCAACCUUUAGAUCAUGAUGGUUGGACCUAUGCUGUAGAUUUUCCAGCUCAAUAUCACGCUAAAAAACAAUGGAAAAGUUGUGUACGGCGUAGGAAAUGGGUGCGAUAUCGGCGUUAUAGUGCUAUGAAUUCAUGGUGUGCUGUUGCUCCUUUACACAAAGAUCCUACUCAGGAACCUUUUAUUGACGUUUCAAUUGGUGGGAAUUAUUUACCAGGAGCACAACCAGGAAUUUUACUUGUUUGGGCUGUAACUGCACAUGGUCGAGUCAUGUUUCGAACUGGUGUUAGUACAACUUCACCAGAAGGCUUACGAUGGACAAAUAUUGCAACACCUCCAGGAUGUGAAGUGAAUCAAAUAAGUGUUGGACCGACUGGCUUAGUGUGGGCAGUAUUAUGGAAUGGAAGGGCUUUAGUUCGUUCUGGAGUUACUAGAGAUAAUCCUUCCGGAGAGUCUUGGAUAGAAGUUCGCCCACCUGGCGAUGGUUUAAAGUUAUCGCAAAUAUCAGUGGGAUAUAAUGCAAUUUGGGGUGUAACUACUGAUAAUCAUGUAUGGUUUAGAAAAGGAGUGAGUGGAGAUACAGCAGGAAUUAGUGAAGAUGCCGCUAUUGGUUCUGGAUGGGUGCAAAUGGUUGGAAACAUGGCAGCUGUAUCAGUAGCUCCGAAUGAUCAAGUAUGGGGAAUUGGAAGUGAAGAUCGGUGUCUAUAUUUUCGUGGAGGAGUAAGUUCUUCGGAAUUAACUGGAAAAACUUGGAGACAAGUUCAAGCACCAAUGCAACUAAGUCGAGCAAGCAGUACAGCUAGUUUAGGGCUUACUGGUCCAAAUGCAAAAUUCCAUCACUCUUUACGAUCUGAAAAGAAACACCGUUCGUGGAGUUCUUUGAAUCGACCACAAAGCACAUACACCGAGCCAUCAAGUCUACCUACGGAGUGGGAAGAAACUUCACGAUCUGCUCCAACACCAACAUCCCUUCGAUUAAAACAAGAUGGUAAUAACACGGGACAAUCUCCAGGACCUGAAAGCUUUUCUGAAGGAUCGGAAAAUGAAAUACCUCCUCCUAGUCAUUCUGAGUCGCCUUCAACAGGAUCUAGUCAGGGUGAUAAAAAUCAAGCAACACCGGAUCAAAAAGGAGAACCAUUUAUUGUAUCUGGAAAACAUUUUGAGCAACCAAUUAAAAGUUCAAAAGCUUGGAGUCCCGUUCGGAGUGUCGGUUCGGUGGUUGGUACAGAAGCAAAUCCAGAGUCAGAUGUAUGGGAUUCGGGAAAUUCACGAGAUUCGGGAGUUUUUCAAGAGGAAGAUGAAUCUUUGGCAUUUUAUUGGACGGAAUGUGACGCAAUGUGGACCUGGGUUGCUGCUGGUGCAUGUACUGUGGAUCCGCAAACACUCCCUAAUUGGUUUGUGGAUGUACCAUCGUUACCACAAACUGAAUUAAAUGAACCAUGGCGGAUGAAAUUAUUAGAUGAACUACGAAAUCGUCUUCCCGAGAGUGGCUUGGAAUUAUCAAAAUACCAAGCUGCAAUUGAUAUGUCAUCAUGGGUUAAGCGAGGUGAAGCUCGUUGUUUACCUCGUAGUCAUUCUUCCCAUGGAUUGUAUGAAGAAUGUAUUAUUGAAUUAGAAUGGGUUAGCAGUUCAACUGGUACUAUGCAUUCUGGAACUCUAACAGUAUUAAAUCCUGAUGGUGCAACAACGAAAGUGCAAUUUAGUUUAUCCGAAAUUACCUGCGUGUUAUGUUGUAGUGAACCAGGAAAUCCACGUUUAGCAAUAUUUACACCUAAUUUACCCUAUGGUAACUAUCCUUUACGUUUACAAUUUGGAUCGGAUACUGAACUUGAAGAUUGGUUAGCAAAUUUAACAUCAGUGUGCUGUCAAAUGAAUGAAGUUCAUGGCACACCUAGUGAUGAAUCAAUAUGGAUAACAACAGCUCUCGGAGAUGUAUUUGUAUUUGAUCCAGCACUAUUGAAAAUUAACCAAAGAAAUAACGACCAUUAUAUGACUGAGCUAGAUGUUUCAACAGUCACUGAUCCGUAUAAGGCAAUUUUACAAAAUGGUUUCGGUCCUGGUAGUGUUUUAACAAUAACCGGAUGUAUUGACGAUAAUGCUGAUCGAAUAAGUUUUAAUUUAGAAUGUCAUCCGUUAUUAAAAAUCCGCCAUAAAGCCGAAUCUGAAGUACGUGAUGUACCAUUUCAUUUUAAUCCAAGAUUUGAUUCAAACUGUAUUGUACGAAAUACCAUGAGAGAUGGAAAAUGGGACGAUAAUGAGAUGAGAGACGGUGACAUGGUGUUACAACCUGGGCUAGAGUUUAUGAUGAAAAUUAUUUGUGAAGAGAGCGGAUAUCGAGUUUUUGUUCAUGGCAAAGAAUAUUGUUCUUACAGCCAUCGUUUACCACCUGAAAGCAUAUAUCAGUUAGUCAUUUUAGGAAAAUUGAAAUUAUUCAAAGUUAUUUAUCGUUCAUCACAGGUGAUAGUAGCGCCACGAGAUAUGUUUUGGAGGCAAAUGGGAGGACAUUUAAGACAUGUGGAAACGUCAUCAACUGGCGGUGUAGUUUGGGGUAUUGGAUUCGAUAAUACUGCCUGGGUAUAUACUGGAGGGUGGGGUGGUUCAUUUUUAAAAGGUUUAGAAACGAGUAGUUCAGGAAUAAAUCAAAUGUCAGAUACACAAAAUUAUUAUGUUUACGAAAAUCAAAGAUGGAAUCCAGUCACAGGGUAUACAUCAACAGGUUUACCCACCGAUCGUCAUAUGUGGAGUGAUGUUACUGGUAAACAUAAACGCACAAGAGAUCAUGCUAAAUUAUUAUCGAUGCAUUGGCAAUGGAUAUCUGAUUGGCUUGUCGAUUUUCACACUCCUGGAGGUGUGGAUCGUGAUGGAUGGCAAUACGCUGUUGAUUUUCCAUCUAAAUAUCAUGCUAAAAAAUCGUUCACAGAUAUGGUUAGAAGACGUCGUUGGUUUCGGCGAGCUAAACUAAAUACAUCAGGACCUUGGCAUGAAGUUGGAAAUUCAAAAAUUGUAGAUAUUAGUUUACAGCAUAAAGAAAAUAGUGAUGAAAUUAAUGUUUGGGCAAUUGCAACAAAUGGAGAUGUUUUAUUUAGGAGAGGAGUAACGAAAAAUAGUCCUUCAGGUACAUUUUGGGAUCAUGUAGCAUGUGACCAACCAUUAUGUAGUAUUAGCGCUGGUCCGCAAAAUCAAGUCUGGGCUGUAGGGCGUAAUGGUUCUGCUUAUUGGCGAUUGGGUAUUCGCUCUGAUAAACCGGAAGGUGAAGUGUGGAAUAAUGUGGAACCACCAGCUGGAGCACAAUUAAAACAAGUUUCUGUUGGUCACAACACUGUGUGGGGCUUAGAUACAACAGGUCGUCUAUCAAUUAGACGAGAAAUAACUCCAAUGUUUCCAGAAGGUACAUAUUGGCAAAGUUUACCAAAUAUUCCAUUAGAGCAAAACAAUGGUAGCGAUUCUCCAACGGGCUUUCGUCAAAUUUCUAUUGGAAAAUCAUCAGACCAAGUUUGGGCAAUUACUAACAACGGUUUACUUUGUAAACGUUGCGGUAUUUCAUCAGAGAAUCCAGCUGGUAAUGGAUGGAUUUAUGGUAUUAAUGGAACUUGGAAUCAUGUUUCAAUAAAAAGCUGGGAUGGCUGUAAUUAGUUUUCAUGUAUUUGUCAAUAAAAAUAUAAGCAUCAUAUUUUCGCUACGAAUAUUAAAAUUGUAUUAUACUGGGUAUGAUGGAGAACAAGUAAUUGUCGCAACCUAUAUUUUAUGGUGAUGAAAUUUAGAAAAAUGUUAGUAAAUUAUUAGUUUCACAAAAAUUAUAUUCUGCAUCAUACCCGCAAUUAGGAAAAAAAAAUUAUUUAAAAACAUAUUUAAUCUCGUAUAAAGAUCAUUCAAAUGUAACACACAUGAAUUACAAAUAGGGAAGGUGACUAAAAAAAGUAGACUUUUUUUAUCUAAAAUAGAAAAUUUAGAAUGUAAUGUAAAUUUAGAAAAGUAAAAGAAAAUUUUGAAUUUAACUGUGCUAAAAUUUUGCAGUUCGCUUUUAAAGUUUAAAAGUAAACUAAUUGAGCGUAAUUGAUGAAAGUGUGAUUGAAGAUAUUUCACAUCAUCUCUCAGUAGUAUAAAUGCAGUUACAUAAUAGUGCAAGAAGAAUGGAAGAUGUUAGAUGACGUCAUGUAUAGUCAGUCAUAUGGUAUGAACACAAUGAUUUGGCGCGAUAAUUUUGUGUUUUAAUUUCACUAAUUUAUGUCUCGGCCAAUUUUGAAGUAAUAAUUUUCGGACAAAAAAUACGUACUAAAUAAUCCAUUUUCUUUGGAAUAAAAGUAGUACUAAAAAGUCUCCUUCCCUAUUGUAUUUAAUAAGUCCAAUGCACUCAGAUUUUAUUAAGGAUAUAUGGGCAUGGCGAUCAAACCACUGCCAAAAUUUUAGUACCUUGUGACAUUAAAAAAAAAAAAAAUGAUUUUACAUAAAACACACUGAUAUUUAUGUGUUUUGAUAUAAAUGUGUUCAGAAAAUGACCCAAAAAUUCCCUGUUUUAUUUAUUGUACGAAUGAUAACGAAAAAAAAUCAUAAUUUUUUUUCUUUCUUCCACCAUAAUUCACGGUUUUCUCAUGAGUCUUGACCAUGUUCAUAAACCCUUAAUAUAACGAUUAAACUUAAAUGGAAGAAUAAAAAUUAACAUAGUAAUUUUCUUAUUUUUUGUUUGAAAGUAUAAUUUAAUCGUUUUCAAAAAUCCAAAUAAAUAAGUAUCUACUAAGUAUUUUAUUAUUAAUACGUUUUCAAUAAACCGAAUGUUUCAAAUAGAUGAAUUUUUUUUGAGAUUAUAUGAUAAAGCAACUUAAAAGCGUGUCUGUUCCGAUCUAACGUGAUAUUAUUAAUUUUUCUUACAAUAUAGAGCUAUCAAAAAUGUUACGCAUAAAAUUGUAGCAAAAAUAUCCCAAAAAUUUUCAAAAGCAUUUGAAUAGCUUCAUCGUCUGUGAAUAAAUGUAUACAUAUGGAGACCGCAGUAUAAGCAGACUGGCUACAUCAGAAUAUUACACAAAUCGUAGAAGAUGUAUACGUAUUCUUACAUUAGAGUAGGUAAAUCACACAUAAACCUAUGCAGACGGGAUUGUAUAGGCAUAAACAUCGAAUCUCUAUAAAUAAAAAAAGCAACUACUGCAAGAUAUAAAAAUAGGGACAUUUAAAAAGGGAUUUAAUUUCAUAAGCUACUAAGCAACAGAAGUAGAAGGCAAAGUAGAAUUAUCUUUAAGGAUUAGAUAUGAGAUAGACAAUAGACCACAGACCUCCGAGUAAACUGGUAACCCAUAGUGGACCAAACACUUAAACCCAUCGUAACCGAUAAUUACAACAUUAAAAGGACAAUAAAAUUACGAUAAAUAUUUGUACAAAUUUUUUAUGCAAAAGAUGCUUAACAUUUUUAAUGGACUUAUAGAUAUAUACGGAUGCAAAAUUAGAACUAUAUAUAUACUUAAUUUUUAUUAGUUUUUCUAUUCAUGCGACAUAAUAAUCAGGCUGAAGUAUAUCGAACAGUGUUGCCAGAAAAAUUUCUAAAAAAAAACGCCAAUGAAUGUGGUUUAUGUAGCCCAAAAAUAGCCAAUUUCAGAAGAAACAUUUUAGUAUAGUCAUCUGGUAGUUUUACCUGGAAAUUUUUUCGGGGAGUUUUGAAAACGGGUGAUUUUAUAGAUUUUGAGGUGCUCUUUUCGAAUUUCCACUUUGCUACCUUGUAUCUUUGCCACUCACGCCACUAUAUUGAAAAAAUGACGUCUACAAGCAGUUUUUUGACAAUAUCCCCUUUUCGAGGAAAAUAUAUACGUACAAAAUUAAACCUCAGAACAAUUUAUGUCUUUACAAUUUUUUUUCAUACAAUCAAUAGUUUCGGCGUACGAGCGCCGCAAAGUGAUUAGAUUAAGCGAAAGAUUAUAUAUUUCGAUUCGAGUUAAUUAUCUGAAAAAUUGGACGUUUUUUGGAAAAAGUAUAUCAUACACUUUUAAAAAUAGUAUAAAAACCCUUGAAAA